AAAACAAUGUCCAAGGCGAGUAGCCUCGAGGCGAAGAUUGUCGUGCUGGGCAGCCAGGGCGUAGGCAAAACCUCGUUGGUCAACCGCUUCGUCAAGAACGCAUUCACGCCGCCCACGACCACGUCGACAAUAGGAGCGUCGUUCCUCACCAAGCGCGUCGUCGACAUCGACACCAACACCGUCGUGCGGCUGCAGAUAUGGGACACGGCGGGCCAGGAGCGAUUCCGCUCUAUUUCAAAACUCUACUACAGAGGCGCGAAUGCCGGCGUACUCUGCUACGACAUCACCGACCCACAUUCGUUUGAAGAAAUGGGCUCCUGGAUGAAGGAACUCAAGCAGAACCUCGGCGACGACAUCAUCCUCCACGUCGUGGGCACAAAAUCCGACGUCGUAGCCGAAGACCCUUCGAGACGAAAAGUCCCGUUUGAGCGCUGCAUCGCCUACGUAGCAGAGCACCUGUAUCCGGCUACCCCAGCCCAAAACGGACAAGCAGCGCCGAGUACGCCCUUCGUAUGGCCCGGUGGACAGAGCGGAGGAGGCAUGGUGUCUCCGCAGAGUAACCGGUCGAGCGGAUUCUGGGGCCAGGAGAUUGGAUGGGAUUGCUGCCACGAGAUCAGCGCAAAGGACGGCGAGGGCGUCGACGAGGUCUUUCGCGUCAUCACGCGCAAACUCGUCGAGCAGCAUCAGAAGCGGAUGGAGGAAGAGUUCCGGCAAUUGGCUAUGGUGUCGGGGGUGAAUGGCGAUGGCGGGGCGGGGCCGAACGGGUAUUUUGAUUAUCCCGGGGAUGGCAAUGGGAGUUUCAGACUGGGCGUGGGCGAUAGGAGGAGGAGUUGGUUGGGGUUCCCGAUCACGCCGGCGGGCGUGGCGGGGGAGGAGCAAGCACAGUGGGAAGAGGAGUUGGAGAGGAGGAGGAAGAGUAAGGGGGAGAAGUGCUGUUGAGGGGUCCCGGACUGCGGCUUGGAGGUCUUGAUAUAGACUUUUGCCUCCGAGUCGUCCGACAAGCCCAACUACAAUACCCUCCGGCGGACUCGCCUUCCAAGAGAAGGCGACCGUACGCCGAGACAUGACCAUGUCAUGCCCUAUCCGCGAUGGCCGUCCGAAGAAACGGACUUCGCUCACUAUUGUUGAGUGCGGCGUAGACAGAAACUCGGGCAGAUACGUGCUCGACUCUCCGAUUGCCAUCCCUCUCUGUCUAUCUCUUAGCCCUUAGUCCUUUCAUCCCGUAUUCUAUUGCAUGAUGCGGUUCUUUUUUCUCGCAUGCUCUUAUAUUCUGUUCGUGUCCGUAUCCCGUCUUCAUGUUCGUCUUCCUUUCCCUUUCUCUUCGAUUGGAGUCCUGUUUUUCGCUUUCCUUGUCCUUCCUUUCCGUUAAAUCGUUUCA